UAUUGUUGUAAAAUUAUUCGGCAUGGUAAAAGUAAGGAAACACGCAUUGCUGAUGCUGGUAGUCCUGUUGGGUGGAUGUGUGGGCGGGGCACGCUACACCCCGGACUGGGACUCACUAGACACGCGACCCCUCCCCCUCUGGUAUGAUGGUACCAAGGUGGGAGUGUUUAUCCACUGGGGCGUGUUCUCCGUGCCAGCGUUCCGGUCUGAAUGGUUCUGGUGGGACUGGCAGGGCGCUAAGUAUAACGACUGUAUCGAAUUUAUGAAGGCAAACUACCCACCCGGCUUCACCUACCCAGACUUCGGGCCCAAGUUCACUGCAUCUCGGUUCGACGCUGACAAAUGGGCGGAUAUACUGGCAAACUCUGGAGCAGGGUACGUGGUACUGACGAGCAAACACCACGAGGGCUACACCAUGUGGCCUUCCCAGCAUUCCUGGAACUGGAACUCCAUGGACGUCGGACCGCACCGGGACCUUGUCGGUGAAUUUGCAAGAGCCAUUCGGAACAAAACGUAUAUGAAUUUUGGAUUGUACCAUUCCCUGUACGAAUGGUUCCACCCAUUGUACCUUGCCGACAAGGCAAACAAUUUCCAAACCCAAGAUUUUGUCAGGGAGAAGACUCUCCCCGAGCUGUACGAAAUUGUGAACAGGUACAAACCCGAUAUCAUCUGGUCAGACGGGGACUGGGAGGCUUCCGACUCCUACUGGAACUCCACUCAAUUCCUAGCCUGGCUCUAUAACGACAGUCCAGUGAAGACCACAGUGGUGACUAAUGACCGAUGGGGAAGUGGGGACAUCUGUAAACACGGGGGCUAUUUCACCUGUUCUGACCGGUACAAUCCAGGCGUCCUUCAAAACCAUAAAUGGGAAAACACUAUAUCAUUGGACCGGAAGUCGCGGGGAUACAGACGAGACAUUGAGUUAUCAGACGUUGUUUCAAUAAAAGAACUCAUAGCCAAAAUUGCAGAGACAGUGAGUUGCGGUGGUAACCUGCUUGUGAACAUUGGUCCCACGCUAGACGGUAACAUUCCACCCAUAUUUGAAGAGCGCCUGCGACAGAUGGGGGCGUGGUUGAAGGUCAAUGCGGAAGGAAUAUACGGAACACAGUCAUGGCGCUAUCAGAAUGAUUCAGUGACCCCGGGAGUUUGGUACACAUCACUCACAAUCAAAACAACUACCGCCGUCUACGCCAUUAUCCCCGUCUCUGAUAUUAAAAACACUUCUCGACUGCACCUCGGCUCCCCAGUGGUACGAGACACCACCCAAGCAUUUGCGUACUUAUUGGGCUAUGAUCAACAGGUACCAUACAGUGCCCCUUCACCGGAUGGAGGAGUCUACAUUGACGUGACUUCCAUCCCCAACAGCUACCUCACUGACCCCCCAUUUAACUGGGCCUGGGUCAUCCGUAUGCUAGGACUUGAUAAUGUAUGAUGAACCAAGACUGGUACACAUGUAUACGAUGUGAAACACCAACUCUUCCAAUCUCUUUAGAAAAUAAAUGAUUAUA